AUGGCUCCUAUAGAUAUUGGCGAUGUUGGAGGAGCCAUUACUGGCGUAGCGGGCACAGCUGUAGAAGGAGCUAAAGGUGCAGCUAAGACUGCCUCUGGAGCAGUAGCGACAGCUACGAGCGCCGUAAAUAAUGCUAAGGGCAAAUAUGAUGAUGCACAGGGUAUGUUAGGAUGGUUCACUAAGAUACAAGGGUAUAUCACUCGAAUACAAGAUGCUUGGAAUGGACACAAGUACUUGAUCAUGUUUCUGGUCGGCCUGAUCAUCUUCUUAUAUAUGUCAAUAACGAUUUAUUGUUGUUAUCAUUUCAUUCAUGAUUUCUUUCGAUGUGGAUGUUGUUGUGUUCGAUGUACUUACAAAAGUGAGAAAUGGAUAUAUCAAAAGAUCAAGUCGUCAUCGUCGUCUACCAAUAAAGAACGAGAUGAUGACGACGCAAAGGUAAAUCAUAAAUGUUCAAAAUGUUGUUUAUUAUCUAUACCUAGGACUACAAGAAUGGAAUUGGAGAAACAACAUGGUGAUUUAAGAAAAGGAUGGUCUGAUUCAACGUAUUUCUUAGCGAGGGAUUGUGGUAGAAUUGACUUACCUCAAGAUCCUAUUGAAAGGUCAAAAUGGCAUUGGUAUGGCCAUGAAACCAAAAAUCCAACAAGAUUUAGAUACAUGAAUAAAUGUAUACCUACUAACGUUACCCAAAAAAAUAAAGACGAGAGACAAGUGAAAGAGGUUAUAAAAGCGAAAGAACGGAUCAGGUAUUGGAUGGGAUUGAAAGAUGGUAUAGAUCCUUUUAGUAAUUCAGGUUUGGGUUCGAGCUCAUGGGAAGAUAGAGUAAAUCACAAUUCUGAUAGAAUGAAAAAGAUCUUGCGUAGAUCCAAGAAGUAUACAGAGGAUAAAAAAGCUUUUGAGGAGGCUGAAGCCAGGUCAGAUGAGAAAGAAGAGACAUAG